AUGGUUCUUAGUACCGUCCGGAAGGUGAGACCGGUGCGAUCUCGUGCUCGCGCGAUCCUCGGCAGUAUGGAACGUUCCACCUGUUGUAGCUUGACCGUGCUUCUGUUUGGCAUGUGCUGCUGCAUGCAGCUGCUAGUGGACGGUGUCAACGUUAGCAUUUCGAACCAAACGAUCCAACCGGUGAACGGCGGGAGUGUGUUAUCGGUGACAGAGAAGCUCCCGGCCGGGAGGAACGUGUCCGAUCCGGAGGAGAAUGAUAACUGUACGGAUGUCGACAUCCGGAACGAUCUGCACCGGUUGCGACAGAUUGAGAACUGUACCGUGAUCAACGGGUUCUUUCACAUGGUGCUGAUCGAACGUGUACCCAGUGAGGAGUUUGAUCGAUAUGUCUUCACGAAGCUGAGAGAGGUCACGGGUCAUAUGCUAUUCUUUCGCGUCAUCAAUCUCGUCUCGCUGCGCAAGAUGUUUCCAAAUCUGAUGAUCAUCCGCGGCCAGCAACUACUCGGACCGUACGCACUGGUGUUCUACUACAUGACCAACAUGAUCGAGAUUGGGCUGAAGAAUCUGUACUCGAUCCAGCGUGGUGCCGUCUUCUCGCUGCACUGUCCACUGCUGUGCCAUCUGGAUACGAUCAAUUGGACCGCCAUAGCCAACGGUACGAAGAUGAUGAACUCCUUCGAAACACCGAAGACGGUGUGCAACAAGGCGGAGGUGUGCCGUGGCUGUGAGCAACCGUUCUGCUGGGGAAGCCAAAAUUGUCAAAAGUUUUACAAAGGCCAUAACUUCAAUGGACGGAUCAAGUGCCAUGCCGAAUGUUUGGGCGGUUGCGUUGGAAACAAGUCUUCCGAGUGUCUCGUGUGCCGUGGCUGGAAGGAGGGAGAUCAAUGUGUAUCCGAGUGUUCCGCGGAACGCUUACAGUUUCGGCUCACGAAUCGUUGCAUCACGGUCGACAGUUGCCUGCGUCGUGGUGGGUUGCUGCAUGGCCAAGAGUGUGUGCUCCAGUGCCCGGCCGGUUACAGUCCGACGAAUGUGGAUGAGGAGGUGGCCGAUUUUUCCUUACGCCGCUGUUUCCCGUGCGAACCGAGCUGCCCAAAAGUGUGCCCCGGUGCGGUGAUCAUGUACCUGUCGGACGCGGACCGGCUGCACGGUUGCACCAUCGUCAACGGUACGCUGCAUAUUCGAAUGAGCGAAGAUCACCCGAACCUGGAGGGUGAACUACAGUCCCGGCUCGGUGCGAUCGAGGACAUUAUGGGAAUUCUGAAGGUGUUCCGCUCGAAUUAUAUUGCCUCGCUGGACUUUCUCACCAACCUGAAGAUCAUCCACGGGCUCUACACGACGGACAAUUCCAACUUUUCGCUGAUGGUGUAUGAGAAUAGCAACCUGCAGCGACUGUGGAACUUUGAGAAGAAACACUCGCUCCAACUAGUGUCCCGGGGCGUGUACUUCCGUAACAAUCCGAUGCUCUGCACUCACCAGAUCCAGCUGCUGUUGGGGUUGACGAACCACAACACCAAGAACGACACGAUCGUGUGGGCCUCGAACGGAUAUCAGCAGGCGUGCACCGUAAAGUCCUUUACGGCCAAAGCUGCGGUACAGUCGGCACGCAAUGUGACGAUCGUGUGGUACAACAACGAACAGGCUAACCGCACAACGGGUGGUAACAGUAGCCAGGCGGAUAAUCACGGUCGGCAUCAGUUACUCGGCUAUCUCAUCUUCUACAUGCGCCUAAACCAGAACCGAUCCUCCGCGUACGAAGGGAGCGAUGUUUGUUCUAGGUACGGCUGGCGAUCACGCUUCGUGGCACUCGACAAGGCGAUCGUUCGCGGUACUCACUACAUGUACAAUCUGACCCGCCUGAAACCGUACACCCGGUACGCGUUCUACGUGCGCACGUACUACAACGAGUCACUCAACAGUACGGCCGAAGAGGUGGGCCUGUCGGAUGUGCGCGAGUUUACGACGAAAAAGGAUAGACCCACGUCCCCGUUGCAUCUGCACACGAAGCGCAAAACCAAUCACACGGUAACGCUCGGCUGGAAGCUGCUCGCCACGGAGCGGGACAUGGUAACGCGGUAUCAUAUCGAUGUGUUCAUACAACCGGAUGAAGCGGAUCGGCUCGAUCAGCGUAAUUACUGUCACGAUCCGUUCGAGUACGGCGGCGGUGGUGGAACGAUGGAUGGUGGCACGACGACGGAACCGUUGAUUGUGACGCUCUGCAGUGAGGAGUACUGCUGUGAGGUGGAGGAUCUCGAUGGUGAUGAUGAGGACGAUGGCAUUGACGACGAGGAGGAUGAGGAGGACGAUAACGAGGAAGAUGGAGAGCAGCGGGGGCAGAUGUACGAAGGGUCCGGCCAGGGUGACGAUGGCCCGCAAGUAGAUGAAACUGGCCGUAACUGGGGCCGUCGUAGGAAGCGUUUUAUCGGUGAUUGGUGGACUGGCUCGGCUAGUAUGGAAUCGUCUGAUCGUGGGUUCGAGAUGAUGAUGCUUCGUUUCCAGCGUGGUGAGGAUGAAGAAACCGUGCAUCGGCAUGAUAACGAAUUUGGGGCAGCCCGGUGGAUCCGGGAUACGGGCGCAAAGCAGUCGGAUAACACGUUCGUCAAUCGCAUCUACAGCUACGGGUUCGAAAGUGCGACGAAUGAGUUUACCGUGACGAAGCUGCAACCGUAUCGCCAUUACGUGUUUCAGCUGUUUGCCUGCGCGGUCGACGAGGAAAAGGUAAAGUGUAGCUCGUACAGUCUGCACUCGGAGCGCACACUACCGUCACCGCUUUACGAUCAGCUGGAGCUGCGAGUGGGACCAGCUCGCGGUGUUACCGCGGCCAUUGUCCGUGGUAGUGCGUUGGUGUUGCACUUUGCCGAACCAAAGAUGGCUAAUGGACUCACGUUGGCGUACUAUGUCGAACUGCGGUCAACGAACGAUACGAUCGGCAUUAAUCGCACGGAAUGCAUUACACGAUCGGAGCAUGCACUCCAGAAGGGUCGCUAUACGUUCACCAAUGUACCACCGGGAGAGUAUCUGGUACGGGCACAAGCCGUCUCACUGGCCGGUGCAGGACCACCGACCGAGUGGCUGUUUGUGUUGGUGCUCCCGUCUAGCGGGGACGAGGAUUCUGGUGGCCAUAUUCCUCCCAGCGACACCAAGGUUCACAGUUUGAGGGAUGGACUGAUUGCCUUCGGUGUGUUGCUGGUGCUGGCUCUCAUAACGGCCGCUGGAUACUGCUGGUGGUCAAGGAAGAUGGGGGUCUGCCGGUUCGGUGGUUCCGAUGAUAAGGUUCCACUUGCCGAGAACGAUGCCAACGAGCAGAAUGCGCCGGCUGAUGAUGGGUUUGUUAACUGUUCGUUGAAAUAAUAAAACAGCACCACAAGAAG